AUGUCACCAUCCGUCAAACCCACGAUUCUCUAUGUGGGACAACCCAUCCAGCAUGCUCAUUCGGAAUUUACUCGAUUUAAAAGCAGUUUUACGCUACUUUAUUAUGACUGCAGCUCGAAAGAUGAGUUUAUUUCGGCGCUUUCACCUGGAGGUAAAUACUCUCAAAUCGAUGGAAUUGUACGGCCCAGCAACAGCCUAAAUGAUCUCCCACCUCUCGACAAAGGGCUCAUUGCGCACCUACCUACUUCCUGCAAGAUUAUUGCCUCCUGCAAUCAUGGAUAUGAUGGCGAAGAUACGAGGGAGCUCGCAAGAAGAGGAAUAUGGUACUGCAAUGGAGCCGGUGGCGCCAACGACUCCACGGCCGACAUUGCUUUGUUCCUCAUCAUCGCCGUCUUCCGAUAUACUUCAUUCUGCGAGCAGCAGACACGUGCCUUGAAAUCUGCCGAUUACUUUGCUGUUGAGAGACAAGCUGUCGACGUCUCGUACAAUCCGCGGAACCAUAUCCUCGGUGUUAUUGGGCUAGGGGAGAUCGGUUACGCAGCGGCAGCACGGGCCAGGGCGUUGGGUAUGGUUGUUCACUAUUUUGGGCGCAGCAGGAAGUCUCCCGCGAUUGAGGCAUCUCUGGGUGGCGCCGUGUAUCAUGCAGAGCUCGGUUCUCUCCUGAAGGUCGCCGACUGUGUUCUCCUUGCCUGUCCGCAUACUCCUGCCACACACCAUCUCCUCAAUCGCGAAGCCUUCAAAAUUAUGAAAAAGGGUGCGAGAGUAGUCAAUGUCGGACGUGGAAAAUGCAUUGAUGAGGAAGCAUUGGUUGAAGCCCUUGAAGACGAAACUCUGGCAGGCGUGGGAUUGGAUGUCUUCCAUGAAGAGCCAGUUGUGAAUCCCAAGUUGUUUGACAACUGGAAGGUUACUCUGUUGCCACAUAUUGGAGGCGGAAGUGUGGACACCAACGCGAACUUUGAAAGGAUUGCCAUGGAGAACAUCGAAGCAUAUUUCCUGGGGGACGGAAAGCCCCUGACUCCCGUCAAUGUAGUAGAGGUGGAGGUGGAGCAUAUUCGGGCAGCAGCAAAUUUGUAGUGAGACAAAUCCCGUGACUAGCGGGCAAAUCCCAUGUCAC